AUGGGAAUUUGGGACGCAUUUCAAGUUUACAAUAGGAGCAAACAUUCAAGCAACCCCGAUAAGUCUGGGGCUAGCCACUCCAACAUGAGUGAGGGAAAUACUACAUAUUUAUAUUCACAUGAAGUCAGCGAACAUUCAAAGAAGAAGAAGCUAACGGACGACCAAUUGAUAGCUGCAGGUCAAGACAGAAAGUCGUCCGUAUCUUCCGAUACUUCUGACGAUAACAACAUGAUGGUUAUGGGCAGCGAUGGAAACCCCCAUAUGGUAGACGUCUCAAAGUUAUCUCAAAACGAGUUCAAACGAUUGUAUGAAGGUAUGAGAAAGGGAGAACCAGAUAACAGGGUUAAUUUUUAA